AUGGUUAGAAUGAGAGGAGGAUCUUCUAGUGUCGGACGAUCCUUUAGGCUUAGGGAUGAAGAUAUUGAAAUUUUAGAACCACCUCCUGUGGCACCCAAAAAGAAGACUAUAACCCGUAGUGGUAAGGUGAAGCAGACUGCCCAAAGGAAACUGGAUAUCCAAACUGCUGAAUCAUCUGAUGAACAGUUGGAUGGGCAGAACUCUGAAGAGAACAUUGUUGGUAGAAAUGAGGAACCAGAACAGGCUGACCAGGGAGAUAAAACUGUCACAAGAUUCUCUGCUAAAAGAAAGAGGUCCGUUAAGAGGAAGAACACUCCUCAAUCCAAGAAAAAACAGUCUGCUGAUCCCACUGAUGAUCAGCAGAAUGAAGAGAACACUACUGGGAAUAAGAAGACUCCUGAACCAUUCCACCAGGAAGUCUCCAAGGACUAG